UUUGUUCGUCUUCUUCAUUCUAUAACAGUCUCUCAGACUCUUGUAUCUUUCCGCAAUUUUCCGUUCUCUCUGCUCCUUCUAAAAGGUGGCAUUGAUAAUAGAAUGUAAAACAGGAUCAGUUAAGCACUACAUGGAUGUGUGAUCAUUGGUUUGAUUUGCAUUGUAGAGUCCAGCUUAUGUGAAACUGUGUUCUGGAAGGGUCUGCUGCUUGAAAGGCUGUUCUUGAAGGGUCUUCGAGAAAUAGAGGACCCUUCAGGCUGGAUUUUUGGUUUGUUUGAAGCGGUUAGUCACAGUAAGAUAAGUUUUGUUGUAUAAGCGGUGGGUAUAGCGGUUGUCGGUUUGCUGAACAUGCCAGCUGUACAAAAGCUUUAUAACGCUUGUAAAGCAUCACUUUCACCUAACGGACCGGUUUCCGAAGACGCUCUUGAGAAAGUCCGUUCCCUAUUGGAUAAAAUCAAGCCCUCUGAUGUAGGUCUUGAGCAAGAAGCACAACUUGUACGGAGUUGGAAUAGUACUCUGCACGAGCGCAAUGGAGGACUGCAGCCACCGCCACCGCCACCAAUCAAAUACCUGCACUUACAUGAAUGUGACAGCUUCUCUAUGGGGAUAUUUUGCAUGCCACCUUCCUCUAUCAUACCUCUACACAAUCACCCUGGAAUGACAGUUUUAAGUAAGCUGGUAUAUGGUUCCUUUCAUGUGAAAGCCUAUGAUUGGAUCAAUAUUCCAGAUCCUUUGGUUCCAUUGGAAGGUGCAAGACCGGCAAAGCUUGUUAAAGACUGUGACAUGACUGCUCCAUGUGGGACAACUGCUCUGUAUCCUACUUCUGGAGGCAACAUCCAUUGUUUCAAAGCCAUAACUCCUUGUGCUAUUUUUGACAUCCUUUCUCCACCUUACUCUUCUGAGGAUGGACGGCAUUGCACUUAUUUCCGGAGGUCUCCAGUAGUGGAUCUACCAGGUGAACUCGAGGUGGAUGGAGUGACAUCCUCCAACGUGACUUGGUUGGAAGAGUUUCAACUUCCUGAUGACUUUGUGAUCCGUAGAGGGCAAUACAAAGGCCGUGUCAUCAAAACUUGACGUGUUUCAUUUUUUUGGUUCUGUCCAACUUUUAUGAUGCAUUCAGGUAAAAUGAGUAACGUGUCUACCGCCGGUCUGAGAAUAAUGAUUAUGAUUUUAUAUUGGUGAGAAAAUAGGGGCAUUUGAGAUGUACAUAUCAUUAUAUACCAUUACACUAAUUUACUGACCUCACCUUAAAAUAGUUAACGGUUGGUUAGACAG